GCUCGAGCCCUGUAAACGCAGGGCACCUGCCACUGCUGCUUUCUCCCGGGUUGGGAUCGGCCUUCAGGAAGGUUUUCUUUAUGGAGCUGUGAACAACGGACAUUUCUGGGCCCCAACAUGACACUAACGCAGCUGGAUUCUGGUUCGAGCGUAGCUCAGGAACUUAGCUUUUGGUAGAUCUAAGAAAACCUGACCCGGCCAGGGACCACCACUCACGGCUUUCCACCUCUGCCACGCCCACCCUGUAGCCCCGCCUCUCAUCAACUAGCGGACGAUUUCUCCUCCCGCUCUUUUAUGCAAAUUUUCCCUUGUCGUUGACCGGCAGUGAGUACGUGGCGAGACCCGACCCAAUGGGAGACCGAGUAAGCAAGACGUGAAUCGGAAGUCCGUCUGGACUAGCGGCCGUUGGUUUAUGACGCAUAACUCGCGCGCUGAGACUUCCGCCACGGGCGCUAAGGGCUAAGUUCUGUGCGGGCCUGAGAAGCCGCCGGUCAGGUGGAGACGCUGCAGAGCCAUCAUUGCCAAGAUUUCGAACUGGGGUCUUCCGGCGGGAUUUGGAGCCCGGGGCCUUUCGGCUACUGCAGUCGUGCUCUACUGUUGCACGCAACCUAGGGCGUCUUUCGAGGCGGACGUGGCUGGUUUCGGGACCUAGGCACUCUGGGGGCAUGACCAUGGCUGCUGGUCCGGGCUCCCAGGAGCCGGAAGGGCUCCUGAUAGUGAAGCUGGAGGAGGACUGCACCUGGAGCCAGGAGGUUUCUCCGCCGGACCCAGAGCCCAGCCCAGAGGCCUCCCACCUGCGUUUUCGACGGUUCCGCUUUCAAGAGGCCGCUGGACCCCGAGAGGCCCUUAGCCAGCUUCAGGAGCUUUGCCACGGGUGGCUGCGGCCGGAGAUGCACACCAAGGAGCAGAUACUGGAGCUAUUGGUGCUGGAGCAGUUCUUGACUAUUCUUCCCCAAGAGAUUCAGAGCAGGGUGCAGGAGCUGCGCCCAGAGAGCGGUGAAGAAGCAGUAACCCUUGUGGAGCGCAUGCAGAGAGAACUUGGGAAACUGAGGCAACAGGUCACAAACCAAGGGCGGGGAGCAGAAGUGCUUUUGGAGGAGCCUUUGCCACUGGAAACAGCAGCAGAGUCACCGAGCUUCAAGCUGGAGCCAAUGGAGACUGAGCGAAGCCCUGGCCCCAGGCUGCAGGAGCUGCUAGACCCCAGCCCCAAAAGGGACCCCCAGGCUGUAAAGGAGAGGGCAUUAUCUGCUCCCUGGCUCUCUCUCUUUCCUCCUGAGGGGAAUAUGGAAGAUAAGGAUAUGACUGGGUCCCAGUUGCCUGAGAACUUCGAGGACGUGACAAUGUACAUCUCUCAGGAAUGGGGCCAUCAGGAUCCUAGUAAGAGAGCUCUCUCAAGGGAUAUGGUGCAAGAGAGUUAUGAGAACAUGGGCUCACUAGAGUCUUGCAUUCCUGGUCAGGAGGUCUUAAGCACCCAGGCGGAACAAGGAGGGAAGCCAUGGGACCCUAGUGUGCAGAGCUGCAAGGGAGGCAGGAGUCCCGGAGACCCAGUUCCAGGGGUAGAAAAGUUUGAGAACCCAGAAAGAAGUGUUGAGUCUGUUUCUCCUGAGAGUGCCCAUCCUCCGGUACUGCUGCCUGGCCAGGCCAGAAGGGAGGUGCCCUGGAGCCCCGAGCAGGGAAGACCUGAUGACAGAGAAGAAGAGCAUUGGCAAUGUCCCCCAGAGGACAAGAUAGCGGAGUCCUUAGUGGGAACCACAAAUUGUGGAGGACCGGUACAACCAAAGGAACAGCCCAAGAAACUCCAUUUGUGUCCCUUGUGUGGCAAGAACUUUUCUAAUAACUCAAACCUAAUUAGGCACCAGAGAAUACAUGCAGCAGAAAAGCUGUGUAUGGAUGUAGAGUGUGGAGAAGUCUUUGGUGGGCACCCACAUUUUCUGUCGCUGCACAGAGCACACAUGGGCGAGGAAGCCCAUAAGUGCCUUGAAUGUGGGAAAUGCUUCAGCCAGAACACCCACCUCACCCGCCAUCAGCGCACCCACACAGGUGAAAAGCCCUAUCAGUGCAAUGUUUGUGGAAAAAGCUUCUCCUGCAACUCCAACCUCCACAGACACCAGAGGACACACACUGGGGAGAAGCCCUACAAGUGCCCUGAGUGUGGGGAAAUCUUUGCUCACAGCUCCAACCUGCUUCGGCACCAGAGGAUCCACACUGGGGAGAGGCCCUAUCGGUGUAGUGAGUGUGGAAAAAGUUUCUCUCGAAGUUCACAUCUUGUCAUUCAUGAAAGAACCCAUGAGAAAGAGAGACUUGACCCUCUCCCUGAGUGUGGGCAAGGAAUUAAUGACAGUGCCUCCUUUCUUAUAAACCACGGAGCCCACAGAGUAGAGAAGAAACUCUUUGAAUGUUCGACUUGUGGAAAAAGUUUCCGGCAGGGCAUGCACCUUACCAGACAUCAGAGAACACACACAGGAGAAAAACCAUACAAGUGUACCCUUUGUGGGGAAAACUUCUCCCAUAGAUCUAACUUAAUCAGGCACCAGAGAAUUCACACUGGAGAAAAACCCUACACCUGUCAUGAGUGUGGAGACAGUUUCUCUCAUAGUUCCAACCGGAUUCGUCACCUGAGAACCCAUACAGGAGAAAGACCAUAUAAGUGUUCUGAAUGUGGAGAAAGUUUCUCUCGGAGCUCACGCCUUACAAGUCAUCAGAGAACUCACACCGGUUAGAAACAGCAGGCUUUCUUUUUGCUCCACUUUGGCAGAAAGUUGUCUUAUCCGGAGCUGGCAAAGAGAAAGUGAGCUUACUUUAAGGGAGGUGGAGAGUGGAGAGCUAGCUUAAAACUAAGAAGUUCAGUCUCCAGAAGAAGAACUGGAGUAGUUAGAUCUGCCCUGCUCGGGGCCGCUUUCAGGUGCACCCACUUUAUUGGUGGGGCUUGGACGCUGUGCCGAUGCUAGUGUUCCAACAGUUUGGGGACUACGUGUGACUUUAAUUCCUCCUUAUUUUGUGACAUUUAGAGGAGAGUUCAGGCUCCUGAGGCCCUUGGGAUGGAAGAAGAAGGGCUAGCUCUCCUGGGAGAGCAGUUGAAGGCCAACAAGACUGAUUUUAGGUUGCAUCUUUUUUAAAGACCUUGGCUGGGAAGUCCCAGGCUGUCUAGUUUUGCCACUUACAAUAAAUACCCCUCUGAGAAGUUUGGCAGGGGUGCUCAUUGGCAUAUAAGGUGACCUCAGAAAAAAAAAGGGAGCAAGAAACAUAGAAGUCAUAAGGUAGAAUCUGCAGGUGAGCCCAGUGUUUUACAGAUUGGAUGGGUGUGCUUACAGUCUACCUUUCCAGAGACUGAGACUUCCGGCUGUCAAAAGGUGCAUAAAGCUGUAGAGACGUGUUUCUGGGUGAAAGGUUCCAUGAUUCCUCAGAAACAAACAGAUCCUAAAAAAAAUUAGGAAUUAUGUCUUUCCCUGUUGAAAAUGCUUGAAAGGUUAUAAUAAAUAUCUCCCAGGAAA